AUGCAGCGCAUGCAGAGGAUUACCGGGCGUUUCCUUACGAGGACGCCCAACGAGGCCGAUGUCGAAGCCAUGCUGAAGGACUUCACCGACUCGCAGGUUAUGUUGGAAAAGCUCGAAGCGUCAGCGAAGCAAUGGCGGGACGCGUGGACCAACAUCCUCAACCACCAACUCACGUCGGUCGAGCUCAUAUACGCCAUCUUCAAACCGCUCGGCGGCGAAGGCUCCAACACCACCCAUGCACAUGCCGAAACCCCACCCGCCGUCCUGGAGCGUGUCCAUGGCCUACACGAGGCCUUUUCCGAACUCAAGACCGACAUGAUGGAGGAAGUCAAGGACAUUGACAGGAAAUUGGUCAUCCCAGCGAAGCUGGCUCGCGAUGCCUUGAAGCCCAUGGAGAAGGCUAUAAAGAAGCGAGAGGAUGCAAAGGUCGACUACGAGCGCUACAAAAGCCGCUGCGAGACCCUUCAGGCCAAGAAGACGCGCUCGGAACGCGAGAACAGCGCUCUUGCCAAACACGAAGUUGAUCUCGAGCGCUCCACACACGCAUACCAACUCGCCGACGAGAACCUCCGAGACCGCCUGCCACGCCUGAAUGCCGCAACCUUCUCCAUUCUACCACAUCUCCUCGCGAACCAGAUCGUGCUGCAAAACAACCUGAUUGGAAACUUGUACACUGUACUACACCAGUACUCACACGAGCAAGGAUACCCCGAUCCACCACCAGAGCCAGAGGAAGUUAUCCCACUAUGGGACUCCAACUUUACACCACUGCGCCAGGAAAUGGAAACCAGCCUGGGCCUGCUGAAGACGGGCAAGGCGGUCCAUUUGCCAAUGAGACUACCAGAUAAGGGAGAGACGUUGACAGGCUUGGGCAUUAGGAACAAGGUCAUGCCUGGUCGGAGAGUCAGCAGCAGCGAUAGUGUGCCCACCAUCACAGGAGGCGGAAGACCCCCGCGACCAUCCCAGACCUUGUCAUCGACCUCCGAGAAUGGCCCGCCCAUAAGCCUCUCUAAUAAGCCCUCAUACAGCUCUCUCAGCGCCUCAAAGCCCAAGAUCGGCGGUUCACCGCAUCUGAGCGCUGGGCAGGGUAUGUAUGAUCGCCGUCUCUCGUCUACAUCACAGGCUUCCUCUUACUCGAAUGGAACCAACGGUGAUUCUUACUUCAACAAGAUACCCUCUGCCUCGAACGGGUCAACGCCAACCGGCUAUCCCUCGUCGCCUAAUCCAGCCGCAGGGAAAAAGAAGCCGCCCCCACCGCCACCAAAGAAGAUAUCAUCUUUCCAGUACGAGUACGUGACAGCCAUGUAUGAUUUCGACAGUCUCACGGACGGCGAUUUGAACUUCAGAGAAGGCGACCGAAUUCGCGUGAUCAAGAAGACGCAAAGCUCGCAGGAUUGGUGGCAGGGAGAAUUUAAUGGAAAGCAGGGCAGCUUUCCUGCAAACUACUGCAAAUGA